AUGAAAAAACCUCCCUCACUCAUCAGUUGCAAGUUUUUAGAGGGUGAUGUUGUUUGGGCGAAGCUGGAAGGAUUUCCUUGGUGGCCAAGCCUUGUCUGUAAACAUCCAACUGAAUCCAAGUAUUAUAAGCCAAAACGAAUUCAUGUUCAAUUUUUCGAUGAUACUAAAAGUAGAGCCUGGAUAAGUAGCAAGUUUGUAGAGAAAUUUGAAGGUUUAGGCGAGAAAGGGUUUCAGAGGGGAGGACGCUUCUUCUCUUCUUUGCCAGAAAUUCGAAACUGGGUGGAAACAGCCACUGAAGCAGUGAAAAAAGAUGUUGAGGAACGACUGAAGAUGAUUGUGUGUUGUCCGUCAGAUAAUGAAGAUGAUGAUGAUGAUGAUGAAGAAGAGAUGGAUGUCCAAGAUGAGAUCAAUACAAGCAAUAAAGAAAAUAAGUCGGAAGAAGAAGACGACAAGGAUGAUGUGAAUGAAAUAAGUAAAUCCAUUAAAAGGCCGAGAAGAUCAGCAGUUGCACAAUCAACAAAGCGACGUAGAAUUGUUGUUGCAUCUGAUAGUGAUGAGUCUGAUGGUGAUGAGUUUAAACCUGAUGAAGACGAGUUAGAAUCAGAUAAUGAAAGCAGCGGUGUUGACGAGAAUGAUCUCUCUGAAAGUACAGUCGACUCAGAUCCUGAGACACCAAAGAAAUCUUUAAAACGAAAAAGAAAUAGCAAAUCAACUGUAUCGACGCCAGGUAACAGAGCAGUUAAGAGAAAUUUUACGGAAGUGAUAGGAGCACAAAAGACACCAACGGCAGUGAAGAGUUCGCCUUCUGUCAGCAUGGCAACCAAGUCCAAACUCUCUUCAUUCAAAGCUGUUGAGGUUUCUUCCCCAUCUGGGCCUCCAACAACAGAAGAUAGAGAAACCAAAUACCCACAUCAAACCCUAGAAUGGUUGAAAGAUGGCAAGCGAAAAGAUGCCAAGGGAGUGUUGCAAGGUGAUCCAGACUACGACCCUUCCACUCUUCAUGUUCCAAAAUCUUUCCUUGAUAAGUGUACACCUGCAAUGAGACAGUGGUGGGAAAUGAAGUCCAAAUACUUUGAUUCUGUCAUGUUUUUCAAGAUGGGGAAGUUUUAUGAAUUAUAUCACACAGAUGCAGACAUUGGUGUCAAAGAAUUAGGAAUUGUUUACAUGAAGGGUGGUGUAGCCCAUUGCGGCUUCCCAGAGAUUGCUUAUGGACGGUACAGCGAAACACUGAUACAGAAAGGAUACCGUGUUCUUCGUGUUGAGCAGACGGAAACCCCAAGUGAUAUGCAGGAGCGGUGCCGUAAAAUGGGUGGUGGUGCAACUAAAUUUGAUAAAGUGGUGAAGAGAGAAGCCUGUAGGGUGACCACGUUGGGAACAAGAACAUUUAGUUUCAUCGACGGUGAUUCCUGUGAUGCAAGGAACAAUUAUUUACUAUCGGUUGCUGAAAGACCAUGUAGCGACACCAUAGCUGGUGGAACCAUUUACGGUGUUUGUUUUAUUGAUACGUCUAUUGGAAAAUUCCAUAUUGGUCAGUUUCAAGAUGACCGACACUGUUCUCGUCUGCGGACAUUAAUAGCACAUUAUACACCGGCUCAGGUUUUGUUUGAAAGAGGAAAGCAACAUUCCCAAACUCAGCAGAUUCUUAACAACAACUUGCUGUCUGUCCUCAAAGAAGCACUGGCACCAGGUAGCCAGUUUUGGUCUGCAGAAAAAACGUUGAAACUGCUUGUGGAAGAGAACUACCUCAAUGGUUGUGGUGGUGAUGAUGGAAACCAGAACGUGUCCAAUUGGCCAGACACACUUCAGAAUAUGGUUGCCGAAGGAGACUCGCUUGGUUUGACCCCAAAAGAAGGGAAGGAACUCGCACUAAGUGCAUUAGGUGCAUGCAUCUGGUAUUUGAGGAAAUGUUGCCUAGAUCAAGAACUCUUGUCCAUGAAAAACUUCACCACAUAUGUUCCUGUAGAUGAUAAAGAAGCUAUUGAACAUAAGCCAAGACCAGCAGAGUUUGCUACUGGGCAUAGAAACAUGAUUCUAGAUGGUGUGACACUGGCUAAUCUGGACAUUUUGGAUAACAAGCUUACAGGGACCACCGAGGGAACAUUGCUAGGCACAAUGGAGCAAUGCUGCACACCCUUUGGGAAACGACUGUUCAAACAAUGGCUAUGUGCCCCUCUAUGCAACCCUGACUCAAUAAAUGACAGGUAAACAGUUAUUCUGUUUUAUUGUGAUAAUUUUUUGCUUAUUUGUGAACAACAUCUGCUUUGCUUGUUGCUCUUGUUUGUGUAUCUUGCGUCUUUGAUCAGAAUACACUCGCUUGGUUUAAAGAGGCAAAGCAACAGUCAUCCUGAUAGUCGUGCCAUCUUCUUUGAGGAUGUUACCUACAGUAAGAAGAAGAUUGAUGACUUUUUGACGACCUUAUCAGGGUUCAAAAGUGCCAUGCGAGUUACUAAAUUAUUUGAGAAGGCUAAAUCCGAACCAAAAUCCAAACUUCUGAGGAAGAGUAUCACUUUAUCUGACUCAGAAUCCAAGGGACAUUUUCCAAAUCUUGCCAAGCAGCUUAGUUUUUUUGAGCAUGCAUUUGAUCACAAAAAGGCCAAACAGCAAGGGGCUAUUAUUCCAAGCCCGGGGGUCAAUCAGGACUAUGAUACUGCUAUUGCUGAUUUAAAGAGGUUUAAGAAUGAAUUGGAUGUCGUAUUGGAACGUCAAAAGAAGCGACUGGGAUGUAAGAAUAUUACGUAUUGGGGGACUGGAAAGAAUCGUUUCCAACUUGAAAUCCCAGAGAGUGCCCUCUCUCGUCAUACCCCAGAUGAGUAUGAGCUUCAGUCGCAAAAGAAAGGCUUCAAAAGAUAUUGGACUGGAGAGAUUAAAGGUUACCUGGAGGACGUAAUAGCUGCGGAGGAUCGGAGAGAUGCUGCACUUAAAGACUCGAUGAGGGCAGUAUUCCACAAGUUUGACGAGCACUACAGUGACUGGAAAGCAGGUGUCCAGUGCCUCUCUGUCCUGGAUGUCUUACUUGGCCUAGCUUCUUACAGCCAGAUGCCUAAUAUGUGCAGACCUAAUCUUGUUUUGCCUGUUAAUGGUGACAAGCCAUUUAUAGCAAUCAAAGAGGCCCGACACCCAUGUAUUGUACACACUUCAAGUGGUGAUGACUUCAUUCCAAAUGACACCUACAUUGGUGUGGCAAAGGAUUCCAGUGAAAGUUCAGCAACAGGAUCUUGUGUUCUAGUCACCGGUCCUAAUAUGGGAGGCAAGUCUACGUUGAUGCGGCAAGUCGGUCUAGUAGUGGUCAUGGCGCAGCUUGGCUGCUACGUUCCAGCCGAAUCCUGUACUCUGACACCGGUAGAUCGUAUCUUCACCAGGUUAGGUGCAAGUGACAAUAUCAUGUCAGGUGAAAGUACAUUCUUUGUGGAGUUGAGUGAAACCUCAUCUAUCCUACAGCAUGCAACAUCUCACUCACUGGUCCUACUAGAUGAACUUGGUAGGGGUACAGCGACAUAUGAUGGAACAGCUAUAGCCAGCGCUGUUGUCAAAGAAUUGACAGAAAACGUUGGAUGCCGUACACUUUUCUCCACUCAUUAUCAUUCGUUGGUUGAAGACUUCGCACAUGACCCAAAUAUACAGUUGGGCCAUAUGGCUUGCAUGGUUGAAAAUGAAAAUGAUGAUGACCCAAGUCAGGAGACGAUAACGUUCUUGUACAAGUUUGUGAGUGGAGCGUGUCCAAAGAGCUAUGGUUUCAACGCAGCUAGGCUAGCAAAUAUACCUGAUGAAGUUAUUAGAUUGGCCAAGAAGAAAGCUGCAGAUUUUGAAGCAUCUUCUGAACGCCUCAAGCUACUGAGGGCGCUAAACAGAUUCUCAACAUCAUGUAAACUAGAUGAGUUAAUAGAAAUGAGAAAUGCGAUCAGAAUAACAGAAUGAGCAGAUCCGUUGCCGGUGGUAGUCUCACCAAUUAAAUUUGAUUCAUGUUUGUUGAAUUAUCUUAUGUUAACAGGGCAUUCAUAAUUUGUGCUCUGUAUGAAAUUAUAAAUCUUAUCUGAUUUUUUAUCAGUGUGCUAAAGAUGUGUUUGCUUUAAUGUGCUGUGUUUAUUUAAAGUAAGCCUUAUGAUCAUAAGGAAAGGUAGCAUAUACUGUACUGGUAGUUGGAAUAUGCUCAGUGGCAUAUCAAGGAGUAUAGACAUGUGGUGUGGGGGAGGGGAGUAAGCACUGAUGGAAGGUGAAUGGGGGGGGGGGCGCAAUGAUUAAUUGAAAACUGUUACCUGGCAAAAUAAGGUGUUGAGUGAUGUUUAUCUACUUAAAAGUAAUUUUUUUGCUAGCAAAUUUCAUGUUAGAUUGGGCCUGGUGUACAAGAUUUUGGGAUGGAGCAUGCGUCCUCCAUGCUUUCCCGUAAAUAUCCCACUCAACAACUUGCAGAGAUAUGAACCUUGAUUACAAGUUAGCUUUUUCACUGAAUACAUUUGAACUGGGCUAGUGCUCAUUGAGUAGCAGUGUGUGUUGUUAUACAAUUUCAAAUAAAUAUCCUUUGUGUGUGUUGUCAUACGAUUUCAAAUAAAUAUCUUCUAGAAAUGAU